AUGAACGAGCUUCGGGGACUGUGGUCUCCACUCUUCAAAGAGCGGCACACAGAUUGUGUGUUUGCUGAUUUAGAUGCAGCGGAGUCAGUGACAGAGGGAGAUUCAGUCACUCUAGACUCUGGUCUCACUGAAAUAAUGGAUGAUGAUCUGAUUCUGUGGAGGUAUGGAGCUGAAAACACUUUAAUAGCUCAAAUCAAUGUAAUGGCCGGCAGCGUCACUAUAUAUGAUGGUGCUCUUGAAGAGAGAUUCAGAGACAGACUGAAGCUGGAUCAUCAAACUGGAUCUCUGAUCAUCACAAACACCAGAACUGAACACACUGGACUCUAUCAACUACAGAGCAACAGUGUGAGAAAGAGAUUCAGUCUCACUGUCUAUGCUCGUCUGCCUUUUCCUGUCAUCAGCAGAGACUCUUCACAAUGUUCAUCAUCAUCUUCAUCAUCUUCAUCACAGCAGAAUUGUUCAUUGUUGUGUUCAGUGGUGAAUGUGGGUCAUGUGACUCUCUCCUGGUACAAAGGAAACAGUUUAUUGUCCAGCAUCAGUGUGUCUGAUCUCAGCAUCAGUCUCUCUCUACCUCUGGAGGUGGAAUAUCAGGAGAAAAACAGCUACAGCUGUGUGAUCAACAAUCCCAUCAGAAACCAGACCACACAUCUCAACAUCACUCAACUCUGUCAACCAUGUUCAGACUAUGUCUUCUGCUGUGAUUCUACUGAAGUUGUGAUCCGAUUGGCUCUCUCUGCUCUGGUGGGUCUGGCUACUGUUGUUGUGCUGGUUUAUGAUAUCAGACCCAGAAGAAGCAGACAUCAUUCAAUUAACCGUGAAUAGUGAGAGAUUCAGACAAACAGCAGAAG